AUGUUCAACGACUCGUUGGCAACUUUCUUCAGAAGAAUAAUUACUACUGCUCUGCUCUUGCCAUAAUACCAGAAUUCUGUGACCUACACAUCAGUGCUAAACACCAGCAGAGAAUCGUAUUUUGUUCAUUCUGUGUAGAUGGAACAGGCAUCAGUCUUGAGAGUCCAUCCUGAUUUAAAGCUGCUUACUUAGUUUUCUGGGAUUAAAGGUGCUCAAUGAAUCAGGGCCCCCCAAAUGAGUCAAACAGCCAAUUCUUGCCAACAGUUGGUUGAAAACUGUGCCGCGCAUGUAGCAGGGAUGGCACAAGAGGACAGUCGCCGUGGUCAAGUGCCACCCACAUUUUAUCAUGGUGCCAGCCAGGAACUUGAUCUGUCCACCAAAGUAUACAAGAGAGAGUCAGGAAGUCCUUACUCUGUGUUGGUGGACAGCAAAAUGAGUAAACCACAUCUCCAUGAAAGAGAGGAGCAGCCAUAUUUCAGGGAGAACAGAUCGGUAGGAGAGGUCCGGGCUGUGAAAGAAGAUAGAGAAAACUCUGACGACUCUGAGGAGGAAGAAGAGGAGGAAGAUGAAGUGACUUACAAAAGGGAGCAGAUUAUAGUAGAGGUAAACCUUAACAACCAAACAUUAAAUGUAUCAAAAGGGGAGAAGGGUGUCCCCUCCCAAUCCAAAGAGACUGCUGUUCUUAAGACCAGCAGUGAGGAAGAGGAGGGUGACAGUGGGGAAGAGGCCACUGAAGACAGUAAUGAUGAUGAGGAAAAUGAGAGGCAGAAGAAAAAAGAGAAAAGAGUGGAAAAAGUUAGUGUUGCACAAAGGAGAACAAGGAGAGCUGCAUCUGCUGCAGCAGCCACAACUUCCCCAUCACCCAGAGCUACAAGGGGUCGUAGAAAAAGUGUGGAGCCCCCCAAGCGUAAGAAGAAAGCUGCAAAGGAGCCCAAGGCACCUGUGCAGAAAUCAAAGUGUGAAGAGAAGGAGACUUUAACCUGUGAGAAGUGCCCCAGGGUGUUUAACACACGCUGGUACCUGGAGAAGCACAUGAACGUCACUCAUAGGCGCAUGCAGAUCUGCGACAAAUGUGGGAAGAAAUUUGUUCUAGAAAGUGAGCUGUCCCUUCACCAGCAAACAGACUGUGAAAAAAAUAUCCAGUGCGUUUCCUGUAAUAAAUCGUUCAAGAAGCUCUGGUCCCUCCAUGAACAUAUCAAGAUUGUCCACGGAUAUGCAGAAAAGAAAUUCUCUUGUGAGAUUUGCGAAAAAAAGUUCUACACCAUGGCCCACGUGCGGAAACAUAUGGUUGCACACACAAAGGACAUGCCAUUUACAUGUGAAACCUGUGGAAAAUCAUUCAAACGCAGUAUGUCUCUCAAAGUACAUUCCCUACAGCAUUCUGGAGAGAAACCUUUCAGAUGUGAGAACUGUGAUGAGAGGUUUCAGUACAAGUACCAGCUGCGUUCCCACAUGAGCAUCCACAUUGGGCACAAACAGUUCAUGUGCCAGUGGUGUGGCAAAGACUUCAACAUGAAACAGUACUUUGAUGAGCACAUGAAAACACACACUGGAGAGAAGCCCUUUAUCUGUGAAAUCUGUGGGAAGAGCUUCACCAGCCGCCCAAACAUGAAGAGACAUCGCAGAACUCACACAGGGGAGAAGCCCUACCCAUGUGAUGUGUGUGGCCAGCGAUUUCGCUUCUCCAACAUGCUCAAGGCACACAAGGAGAAGUGCUUCCGUGUUACCAGCCCCGUCAAUGUGUCAACUGCUGUCCAGAUCCCACUGUCCACGACUUCUGCCACCACAGUCCCUGCUGUAGUGAACACACCCACCACCCCAACUCCACCUAUCAACCUGAACCCAGUGAGCACACUUCCUCCACGCCCCAUUCCCCACCCAUAUUCACAUCUUCAUCUACAUCCUCAUCCUCACCAUCCACAUCAUCUCCCAGUCCCCCCGGUUCCUCAUUUACCCCCUCCUCCAGCUCUUUUUAAGAGUGAGCCUUUAAAUCACAGAGGCCAGAGUGAGGACAACUUUCUGCGACACCUGGCAGAAAAAAACAGUUCAGCACAGCACCACUAACACCUUUGCUUCCUGCCAGCUAUUUUCCCAUUUUAUGCACAUGGAAACAUGCCCUCAUGGAAGUACAGUGGGUUAGUUGGUGAGGAUCUUUGUCUUUCUGUUAACCCCAGCAGAUGGUCCUACUUUUUCCCUUGAAUCAAGUUAACAAACAAGGAAAUCCUGUUUUGGAUCAGCAGUGCUCAUUUGAACCUGGUAGCCAACAGGACUUAAACCCAAUUUGCUUGCGUUUCACUGGUGACUUUUAUAAAUUUCAGAUACUGAGACUUGUGGAAUUUUAUAAUUUCAUAUCAGCUGAUGAGGUAUGCUUGCUUUUAUAUCCUGGACUUCUCCUCAAAGAGGAGAUAGGCCUGGUUUUCUUUGUACUAAUCGGAAAGGCUGUGAGAUUAAUACAGAGCAUUAAUUGUAUCACUGUGUAUCGUAAUGGAUUCUUUUCAGCUUUUGGUGCCGGCUAUGGAGUGAGCCAGCCACGUAUCACAGUAUAUUUGAGCAUUAUAAAGAAAGACAAAAAAAUUUCUUGUUUGUGUAGCUCUCCUAACACACUCUUUAUUUUACUACAGAAAUUAUUUUAGAGUUUUUUGUAUAGACCUAUUUAGUAGUCUGUUUCUAAAAUGAAAUGUAUUUCAAUAAGCGGUGUAAUUUUUUCAGUGUAGCUGGACCUAUGUUGUAUAAUAGAUAAAUUUUUAUAAUCAUCAAAAUGUGAUUCUUAAAAGAUGCAUAUAGCUUCUAUAGUUAAAGUUAUUCUUACAACCAUACAACUUAAAAGGUGCUUCAGAGAAGAAAGGAACCCAAGAGGUCUCUGGAAAGGUUGCCUCAAAAGUGAUGUUGAUUUCAGAACUUUACGUAAUUUAUUUUAGUAGGGCUUUUGUUUUU